AUGCUGACGCCCGUUUCUUCCGAAACGCCUCCUUCUGCGACGACCUUGCGGAUGCGCAAGGCGAAUGUGUUCCGCGCGGAGGCGGCGAUUCCACGCAUGUCGUGGUCGCCGCGCAACUUAUACAAUCUGAUUGCGCGGUCGACGACACCGUUUUUGGCGGGGCAGACGUCGUUUGCAAAGACGAGCUUGACCAUGUUUCAGCAGCGAUAUCGGUCGAAGCGCCUUUUGCGUGGAUACCAUGGCGACUGGAUCCCCGAAACGCGGUUUAAGCGCUGGUUUUUGCCGACACGACUGCCGAGUUAUGCGCCACAGUUGGGGCGCGAUGGCAGUGAGCAUGCGCUGGACACGCCCGUGCCGCCAAUUGCGCACCUGUUUUUGGGGGAUAUCGAGCGCAGGUUGGACGUGAGCGUGUUUCGCUGCUGCUUUGCACACAGCGCAUACCAUGGCAGGUCGCUCGUUUUGCAUGGAAAGGUCACGGUAAAUGGCGAGGUCGUGACGGAUCCUGGCGCGCUGUUGCGCGAGGGCGACUUGAUUUCUGUCGAGCCUGCGAGUGUGCCAAUGCUGAACAAGCAUGUAGCGAGGCGCGUAAAGGAGGAUGUAGCGCGGCGGGACAAGGGAGAUGCAUCCGUGCCUGAAAACACGCAUGCCGAGGCAUCACAGGUCGCGGACGCUCCGGACGCCCCAGAAGCUCCAGAAGCCCCGGACGCUGCUCCCGCACCUUCUUCCUUCGCACCCCAACUUCCCAACGGCGUACUUCCGUUCCACUUGCCCCCCUUUGCCGCCCCCUUUUUAUUUAUUCCACCGCACCUCGAUGUCAGUUUCCGCACGUGCUCGGCCAUUUACAUGCGGAACCCUACCAUUACUACCAGCGUAAAACGCAAGCACGAGUCAGGUACACGCAAACCCAACUUGCAGCGUGUCUACCACUCUGAUAUUGCAUCGCCGUACCCACCCGCCAACGAGAUGCACAGCCUCGCGUGGGAAUAUUACGUGCGGAAUGCGCCGCGUGUCCGCAGCGGCGAGCGCCGCACAAAACUGACCGGCCGCUACGGCCGCAAUGGCGGAUUCGACGCCGCCCGCGCCUGGGAGCGCGAUCGCCGCCGCGUCGCAAUCCGCCGCGGCUGGGGCAAAAAGAGGCGCAAUGCGCAUGCUAGUCCCGCCCCGAUAUAG